AUGUACGAGCAGGCAGAGGCUGUCCGGCCUUCUUUCUCCGGCCCCGGCAGCGGCCACACCAGCGGGCCGCCCCAGACCCGUCCCGUCCAUCAGGGUGGCUCACGCGGGCAUGUCCGCCAGGGCAACGGCGCUCCCGACAAGCAGCCAGAAGACGACGAUGCGUCUUCACACACGUACGAAGAAGCCGAGGCGGUGAGACGUCACGCAGCGUACAUGUCAACAGACGGCAGGUAUCCGGGUGGAGCGAGCGGCCGCCGUGGUGUCUGUAGUUUCCUCCGAGCCCACCGCAGCGGCGUGGCCGCCGGCAUCGCCGUGCUGCUGAGCCUUGUCUCUGUGGGACUCGCCCCUCUGACGUUCAUCAACAAACAGGAAAUAUCUCAAUUGUCGACGACUUUUGACGCCGUGAAACGCGACCAAUACAACAUGUCCACCACUGUUGACGCCUUGAAGCGCGACCAAGACGGCAUGUCCACCACUGUUGCCGGCAUGUCCACCACUGUUGACGCCUUGAAACGCGACCUAGACAACGAACGCAGCCGAAUCACCGCCUUGGAAAAGCGUCUUCACGAAAUUGGUAAGAAUUUAGGUAAAUUGGUUUUCAGCUCCAACGACACAGACUCCGACAAGCCACAAGACUGUCAGGACAUCCUUGACAACGACGAGACCACGCCCAGCGGCGUGUACAUGGUUUAUCCACGGGACAACCUGGGCGGCUUCAACGUCUUCUGUGAUAUGGACACGGACGGAGGCGGCUGGACGUUAUUCCAGAGACGCCGAGACGGAAGCGUGGACUUCUACCGGGGCUGGGCGGACUACAGGACCGGCUUCCCUUCCAACCUGAACGGCGAGUUCUGGCUGGGGAAUGACAACUUGUACCGCCUGGCUGUGCAGAAAGUCUACCAACUCAGGGUGGAUAUGGAGGAUGUGGAGGGAGAGACGCGGUACGCCGCUUACGACACGUUUGCCAUCUCACCUGAAUCACAGAACUACAAGCUCCACAUAGGGACUUACAGCGGUACUGCAGGAGACAGCUUGACGUACCAUGACGGAAAACCAUUCAGUACCAAGGACAGAGAUAAUGACGAGAUCACGUCCAGCUGUGCUCAGGAUUACAAAGGUGCGUGGUGGUACAAACGUUGCCACGACUCCAACCUGAACGGCCUGUACCACUUGGGUACUCAUGAGGGUAACAACGACGGAGUCUACUGGCAGUACUGGAAGGGUAAUAACUACUCCCUGAAGAGCACAGAGAUGAAACUCCGACCAGCUCCAUAA